AGUGGAAAGCACGUACGGUAGCUCCACGAUUGGUGUGCUGUAUAGCAACGAAGAGCAGUGAUGGCUUCUUCUGCGGACGAGGCGGCAGCUUUGAAACGUAACGUUGUUCAUCAGACUCGACUCAAGCUUGCGUUAAGGCAGCUUGACAGAGAUAAGAGUCUCAGGAUACGAGAGAUUAACAAAGAUGCGCAAGUUUUUCUGCAUCGACUUGGAGAGUCGAAAAAGAAAGCUGGUCUUCCGGAUCUGAAAACUGCGUCUCAAACGAGAGCAGCUAGUGCGCCGGUACGACAAAAGGACCGACAGAGAAUAACAGUUAAUUCAAAAGAACAAGAACGACGCAUCGCUACAUCCACAAGACCACAAGACUCAAAUCAUCCCUUCGUUACAAAACCAUCUUAUCAACUCGCAAACAGCGAUCAACGUUUGGGUCGUUUCAGCAGCGGUAGAUCUUUGAGUACAAGCUCUCUCUGUCCUCCAAUAAAAAGAAACGAAACGCCUUUGCGUGAUCACGAAACACAAACACCACGCGAUUCCGCGAUAACUCCCACGUUGAAUAGGACUCGCAAAGAAGUUAGAUUUAGUCUUCCUUUGGAUUACGCUGAUGAGGAAGACAAACUAGAGACUCCGAGGACUCCAUCACCGAUUGUUUCAAAAGGUAUUGGACUGAUGAGAAUCAAAAACACGGCUCAAGACAGACCGUCUAGAAGAUACUCCGCGUCACACGUCCGUUCUAAAUACUUAUGACAAUGACAGACAAGGAUAUUUUUCGUAAAAGGAGAAUAGUUGAUAAAUAUUUAGGAACCGCUCGUUAUAAUGGGAGAUGGAUAACUGAGAAAAUGGUAAAAUUUAAAUUUUUGAACGUCUUUCCAUGCAACUUUACAAAAGCGGUGAAAAAUAACUUAGAGCCCUCAUUUAGUUUAAGAAGUUUUAGUAGCAAAUCCCAAGGAGCCCUCCCCAUUAAUAACCUAUUGUCGUAGUUCAUGACCUUCUCAAGGUUGAAUCGCAAGCAUUUUUGUCCCUCCAUUUUCUCAGUCUCCUCCCCUCCGGUAGAUAAUGAAUGGUCAAGCAUGGCAAACUUACGAAAUGAUGAUUAGUUGGUGUGUAAAACUAAAGUAUUGUAGUUUUAAACUCUUUAACAAAGUUAAAUUCCGAAAAAAUGUU